CAAUUUACCAUUCCGCUCUUCUUUGUUGCGGCCGUAGGCUGAUAUCACGCGACUGUAUUUGUCUGCCUUUUAAAACCUAUCUUUGUCUCCUCUGAUCACAUUUUUCUUCUUUUCCUCAUAUUCAAAGGCAUUUAUUUUUAAAAAGAAACAAAAUGUCGAGCCCUCUAAAUCCUGAGCACACGUCGCUAAUUCGCACGAUACUCAAAGACAAAUUUGACCUUGAAGACUUCACCGUGCACAAAAUUGAAAGAGCCAAAAAUAAUCAUGUUUAUCGCAUCGACCUGAAUCGGCCAUUUUCAGAAGCAGCGCCAUCGUCCGGGAUUAUAAAUCAUUUUCUUCAUCAUUCGGUUUUGAAGCCCUACUCCUCGCAAAUACCUGUUGGCACGUCCAAGCUACUGUUACGAAUUUCAAAAAGGGACGUCAGUCUGGAAAAUUCAGUCCGGAUAGCAAACGAAGUUGCUUUUUUGGCUUUGGCACGUGAUGCACUUUCCCAUAUGGCUCUAUUCUCAACAUUAUCGAACGACAGCUUGCCUUAUAAUUCGAUUAUUCCGCGAGUUUAUGCGUGGGAGCAAUACAAAGAUGAUGGCUCGGACUUGGAUUCUGUGUCGGGCCUAACGACAAGAGCGACGCCUGGAUGGAUACUGGAAGAAUACAUGGCGGGUACAAACCUAACGCCAAAAGAUAUCUCGGGACUGGAUCAAGAAACACAGACACUUGUUCUGCGCCAGAUGGCGCAGGUGAUUAAAUCCUUGCAGGAUUAUACCUUGCCUGAGACAGUCGGCGGAUAUGGCGGACUCGGGUUCGAUUAUGUCGCUAAUCUCCAGCCAAAUCAACAAGAAAGCAUCAGCGGCGCUGCGAGAAUAGUCAACACACUUAUGGUUAUUCCUUGCGGUGGGCCCUUUUCUACAUAUCCGGAUCUUUGCAAAGCAAUGUGCACCUGGCAACUCCACGCCAGUGACCAGAGCGCUCAUUUGAACCGGUGGAAAGACUACCGCCAGCCCAAUGGCCGGCUGCUCCGCGAACGCCUAGACGCCUUUUUCACCAGUGCCACUGGCUUGAAUCACGUCUUGGCUAAGAUAUCAGAAUCCGGCGAGUUUGAGACUGAAAACCGACCUACGCUGAUUCAUGGAGACUUUGCUUUUCCCAAUCUCCUCUUUGAUCCGUCCACUUAUCGGCUCACGGCCGUCAUGGACUUUGAUUUUGCCCACAUUGGCAGCCCCAUCUCCGAAUGGCUCUUCUCAUUCUGGGACAUUCCCGGGCUCCUCCCAGGCUCGGCUGAGCCCUUGGGCCGACUGAGAGACUGGCUCCUUUCUGGAUUCCCCAGCGAAGACGGGCAUGGUUCAGACAAAGCGAAUGAUGAUGAUGGUAACGCUUCCAAAAAGGGAACAGCGCACCCAGAAGCCAAAUCGAAUGACCCUCCAAAUUUUCAAUCAAACAAAUGGAACCUUCCACGCGCUUGGGACGCCGCACUCAGGCACGUCGGCGUCACGCACAGGCCUUCCACCAUCCGAGCAGCGGGUGAUAUUGCUGACCUGUGGUGGUUCUCGCAGGAAUUGUGUCAAGCGUACUAUUUCAUGGAAUCUUUUAUUCAGAAAAAGUCGAGUGAGCAGCUGGAGAAGAUGAAAGAGCAUAGUGCAACAACCUUGGAUAAGUAUUUGGUUCAGUGGGGAUUUUAACUUUGCUUUUUAACCAUGUAAUUCCCCUAUUCAUUCUAUUAUUACGUAGAUACUUUGCUUACAUUAUUGCCCUCGUCAAACAUUGAAAUACAAUUAUUCGUCUGUCG